GGGAGAAGUAGCGUCGGCAACACCUAAUUUUGGUUUACAGCAUAAAGGUGAUGGCUUGAAUCAAGGACCUACGCGCGUAGUUCUCUGUGCUCAAUAUAUAUACUACCCCUACCACGGCUCGAUUGCGCCGUUCAAACAUACUCUCGGUCGCCAUAGCCAACAUGGAUCGAUACAGAGCCCUUUUCAACGUUUGUUCCGGGAUCCCCGCCCUGCAAAUGAUCAUCUCCAUAACAUGCUAUCAUAACGGCAUUAUGAUUCAUCGUGGCGGCCUACCUCUCAGCGAUUGCCAGGAUAGUCUCGAACGAUACAAGCCGCCCAACUUUGCCGUCCUGGUUAAACACUUGGAGAGAAUGCCUGGAUUGUUUGGUUAUCGCUCCAAGUCUGAUUUGCUGUGGCGUCAGUCAAAUGGUCAGUUGGGACGAAUGACAAGUGAUCACUCGUUCUUGGCCGCUGUGCUGGAUGCUUUGUAUAUGGGCAGAAACAUCGUGGAGUUGAUAUUCGUCGAGGGACUGGGUACGUAUCAUUCUCAAGAACUGCGGACGCGUGUACGUAUGGGUGGACUAAUACUGCGUAGAUGUGUCGAGCGUGCCAGAAGACUUUGGUGCAGGAAUGAGGGGGUCAAAUUUGGAUGUGUGAGAUGCGAUGGGGCCAGUAUUCCUUGCUGUGGCAGGAGAAGUGGCGUGUCAUAGUCUGGAAAACAGAUAACUAUCGUUCAUGUUGACAUACCAAAUCUUUCAAAGUUGUCUCCGUUGCAGGGUGUUGUGAUCAGUAAGCGCGGAUCAGCAACAUCAGAAGAUGGGCCACGAGAG